AUGGCAACACAUUUUUGCUUUGCUUUACUUCAUUUCAUAGACUGCAAAUUAAUGUUGAUGUGUGACUAAUGACUGAUUUAAUGAAGUUAUUCCUCAAUUAAUAAUUGUUUCACUGGUUAAUGAUUUAUACUGGAGUCUCCUCUCAGUGAAUGUGCUAUGUUUGCAUAGUUGACAUCAUGUCCAACAGGAACAGGAUGUAGUCGUAGUAGCCCUGUUUUAUCUGAGAAGUGAGUGGAAUGUAAGCUGAAAGGGACAUUAUGAGCUGUAUCUGAAGCUGGAGGAUGUGGCCAGGAGGUUUACAUGUCCAUGCAUCAUGGAUGUGAAGAUUGGGAGAAGGAGCUAUGAUCCGUUUGCCUCACAAGAUAAACGGGAAGAGCAGAUUAGAAAGUAUCCUCUAAUGGAAGAGAUCGGGUUCUUGAUUCUAGGAAUGAGGGUUUACCAUGUAGCUUCAGGAAGCUAUACUAGUCACGAACAGUUCUAUGGACGCAGUCUGACAAAGGGAACACUCAAAACUGGAUUAGCUAGAUUCUUCCAUAAUGGAGAAGAGCUAAGAAAAGAUGCCAUUUCUUCAAGCAUCCAUAAAAUCCGUAACAUCCUGCGCUGGUUUGAGGGCCAGAAACAGCUCCACUUCUAUGCCAGCUCUCUGUUGUUUGUGUAUGAGGGCUCUCUUCACCUAGCCAAUGCAAAGAACAGAAGUGAAGCUCUGACAGGACAGAAGCAUAUACAAGCUGAGCUAGAGAAUAAAAAUAAUGCUCAUCUCACCUGCUCAAAGUUGAAGAGUUCCUGUGGGCAGGUAAACUGUAGUAGCAUUCUUGAAGCCAUUCACUAUGUGAGGAAAGUGAAUGGGUUUGGGUCUCACUCUCUACAUCACCAGGAUAAGGGAAUGACGGCUGAAAUGGAGGCAAAAACAAACACUGAUGUUGAAGACAAGAGCUCAAAUGGAGGGAAGGAGGAAGAUGUGGAGGUCAGGAUGAUUGAUUUUGCCCAUGUGUUUCCCAGUGACAGCUCAGAUGAAGGCUACAUAUAUGGACUGAGGAGCCUCCUCUUUGCUCUGGAGCAGAUCCUCCAAGACUGACUUCCCCCCUUUUUUUUUCUGCGCUGGGUUUUUCAAAGUUUAUCUUGUAAGGAUGUUGAAAUAGUGAGGUAGUGUCAGUCAUCUAUUAUAUAAUGAAUGAUACAUUAGAUAUACUUGUAUCUGCUUAUAAUCAGACACUGCUGGUGCUGGUGGCUGGAAUACAGGAGGGAAGAUGUUUGGUGUAGAUGUUUUUACUCUAAAUCACCAAACUUACUGAAAAAAAGCCCCCAAAAAACAACUGAAUGUAAGUGACACUGAAUGUAAUUUAAAUGAAUUUAGAAAAAUAACUGCAAAAAUAAAAGCAAACUCCUCUAGAGCACAGCUCUGAUGUGAAUAUUAGAGAACUUUACAAUAGGAAAGCAUUAAAUUCUUUCUUACAAUUAAACUUUUG